AUGCCCAAUUUGUCCCUUUUAUAUCUAUGUUCAUUUGAGCGUAAUCUAAUUUUGAGCUUCAUCUAUCUAUGUCUAAUAUCUAUGUCUAAUUUCGCCGUUAUCUAUCUGUGUCUAAUUCUGUCCCUUAUCUAUUUAAGAGCAAGCAUUCAUCUAUGUCUAAUUCUGAGCGUUAUCUAUCUUAUGUCUAAUUCUGUCCCUUUAUCUAAUCUCUGGUCUAAUUCUGAGCGUUAUUUAUCUAUGUCUAAUUUCAUCCUUUAUCUAUCUAUGUCUAAUCUUGAGCAAGUAUAUCUAUCAUGUCUAAUUCUGAGCGUUAUUAUCUAUGUCUCAUCUUGUCCCUCAUCUAUCUAUGUGUCAAUUCUGAGCGUUAUCUAUCUAUGUCUAAUUCCGUUAUUCAUUCUAAUUCGUCCCUUAUCUAUCUAUGUCUAUCUAUCUUUAUCUAUCUAUGUUCUUGAUCUUUAUCUAUCUAUGGUUAAUUCUGAGCGUUAUCUAUCUAUGUCUAAUUUGGAGCGUUAUCUAUCUAUGUCUAAUUUGAGCGUUAUUUAUCUAUCGUUAUCUAUUCCUCUGAGCGUUAUCUAUCUAUGUCGUUAUUCAUUCAUGUCUAAUCUCUGUCCUCAUUCAUCUAUGUCUAUGAGCUUUAUCUAUCUAUGUCUAAUUCUGAGCCGUUAUCUAUUCAUGUUCAAUUCUGUCCCUUAUCUAUCUAUGUCUAAUUUGAGCGUUAUCUAUCUAUUUCUAAGCUCCAAUUCUGUCCUUAUCUAUCUAUGUUCAAUUCUGAGUUAUCUAUCUAUGUUCAAUUCUGUCCCUUACCCAUUCAUGUCAAUUCUGAGUUGCUAUCUAUUCAUGUCUAAUUCUGAGCGUUAUCUAUCUAUCGUUAUCUAUCUAUGUUCAAUUCUGAGCGUUAUCUAUCUAUGUCUAAUUCUGUCCCUUUAUCUAUCUAUGUCUAAUUCUGAGUUAUCUAUCUAUGUCUAA